AUGAGAGACGAAGAAUCUGUUCCCGUUGACAAGAAAGAUGUCACGGGUGGAGCCUAUGAGAAGGACACGGACAAGCCUCUGGAUGCUAACACGCUGGAGCCCUUCGGGAACGAGGAACAUGCGGAGGUCAAAUAUCGGACCAUGCAAUGGUGGCACUGUGGAAUGCUCAUGAUCGCUGAGAAUGUUUCAGUCGGUAUUCUAUCUCUGCCAUCCGCUGUGGCUACCCUGGGAAUGGUCCCCGCUGCUAUCAUGAUUCUUUUCAUUUCGGCUCUUUCAUGGUACACGGGCUAUGUCAUUGGCCAGUUCAAGCUCCGUCACCCGGAGAUUCACAGCAUGGGAGAUGCGGGCGAGCUUUUGAUGGGUCCCUUCGGCCGUGAGCUGCUGGGACUCGGCCAGCUUCUCCUAUUAAUCUUCCUCAUGGCUAGCAACAUUCUCCUGUUUAGCACGUUGAUGAAUGUGCUGACAGAUCAUGGUACCUGCACUUUGGUCUUCGGUGUUGUGGGAUUGAUCAUCUGCUUCUUGGGUGCCUUACCGAGAACUAUGGACAAAGUCUACGUGAUGUCCGUGAUCUUCAUUACCAUGAUUGUCUCUGGAGUGGAGACAAAAGAGCAUGUUAUCAAUGAAGUCACCACAGAAGUCGGGUUCCGUGAAGGUUUCCUGGCUGUGACUAACAUCAUCUUUGCUUACCGUAUGUUGAAACCUGUGUUCUCUCUUGGCGAUGUUCCUAUGACACGAACUUACACAACUCCAGUUGCCCAUGUUGCCUACUUUGGGUUUAUGUCUGAAACAGAAGACCCACGCACAUUCAACAAAUCGUUGGCAAUGCUGCAAAUCAUUGAUACAGUCUUGUAUCUGGUUGCUGCUUUGAUUAUUUACCACUACGUUGGACCAGAUGUAAAGUCGCCUGCCAUUCUCUCCUUGAGCCCUUUGAUGAGCAAGAUUGCCUGGGGUAUCUCGAUUCCAACUACCAUUCUUUCUGGUGUCGUGCUGGGACAUGUUGCUUGCAAACAAAUCUACGUGCGCAUUUUCCGUGGAUCUGACAAGAUGCACAGCAACAGCUUCGUCUCCGUUGGUUCCUGGGUUGCUAUUUGCCUGGUGAUUUGGGUCAUCGCCUGGGUUGUUGCAGAGUCUAUUCCUGUAUUCAACGAUCUCCUGAGCCUGAUUAGCGCUCUAUUUGGAAGUUGGUUCAGCUUUGGACUUCCUGCCAUCUUCUGGCUCUACAUGAACCAAGGGCGAUAUUUCCAAAACUGGAAGAAGGUGGUUCUGACCAUCACCAACCUCGGUGUUCUAGCUAUUGCAUUUGCUAUUGUAAGCUUUGUUUUCCUGCUACCAUCGACUAUUGCUAAUUUUCCCAGUGUGGGUUAG